AUGGAGACAAAACCUAUUGCCAAUCCCAUAGAUGUAAAGAAAAAACUUGGCCUUGAUGGAGAAUUGUUAUCAGAUGUUGGUUACUAUCAGCGGCUGGUUGGCAAGCUUAUCUAUCUCACCAUCACUCGUCCUGAUAUUGCUCAUGCCGUUAGCUUAGUCAGCCAACAUAUGCAUGCUCCAAGAACCACCCACUUGCAAGCUGUCAAGAGAAUUCUUAGAUAUUUAAAGGGCUCCCCUGGUCGUGGAAUUCUAAUGAAAAAGAAUGGGAACACUAAUAUUAUUGGGUAUUCAGAUGCCGAUUGGGCAGGAUGUACAGUUGAUCGAAAGUCCACCACUGGAUAUUGCACUUUUGUUGGAGGGAAUCUAGUUACUUGGAAGAGUAAGAAGCAAAAUGUCAUUGCUCGAUCUAGUGCCGAAGCCGAGUACAGAGCCAUGGCUUCUCUCACUUGCGAAUUAAUUUGGCUUCGCAGUCUUUUGAAUGACUUGGGCUUCACAGAUCCUGUACCCAUGACCUUGUUUUGCGAUAAUCAAGCCGCAAUCCAUAUCGCUGCAAAUCCUGUCUUUCACGAAUGA